AUGGUAGCCAGUGUGGAUGCCGACAAGGCGCUUGACAGCGCUCAAUUUAAGUCAGCCUACAGGAAGGCCACGUCCAAGGCAAGGGCGCUAUGGAACCAGCAGUGCCGCAGCAUCGUGUCAGCAGACAGCAUUCAGGACACGUUAAAGAGGAGGUUAGUAGUCCCCAACAAUACCAGAUGGAACUCUACCUACGACUCCAUUGUUGUCCUCAAUGACCUGCUGCAUAAUAAAAGUGGAGCUGUCCACCGGGUGAUGACACAGCUGAAGCUGCCGAGCUUCACUGAUUCUGAAGUCGGCUUCCUGAAGGAGUACGCUCAAGUGUUGUCCAAUGUUGCCAGGGCCUUGGAUAAGAUCCCGGGUGAGGAUCAGGCCUAUCUCGGGAGCCUUCUGCCAACUGUAGCAGCUACCAUCGUGAAGUUGACGGAGGAAAAGUCCAAAGGCCUCCUAUACUACAGUCCUCUGGUGGACGCAAUGCUGGGAGAGACAAUACAGCAGCUGGAGUCAUCAGGCGCACCCGAAACAGACGUCAAGAAAGCAGCGGCCAACCUGCGUUCUCUCAUCAAAGAGCUAGAGGACUUGACCCUGAAGCUCGACCCGCCCGAGACUUUUGACCGAGCCAAGAUGGCCGACCUGGCCAAGCGGAGGUUUUUUUAUGACAUCUCUUUUGCCAUUUAUGGUGGCAUCACAGGUCAAUAUGACUUUGGUCCGCUGGGGUGCGACCUGGUCGACCACCUGCUGGCGGAGUGGCACAAGCACUUCGUGCUCCAGGAGCACAUGCUUAAAGUGUCAUGCUCCAUCCUCACUCCGGAGCCUGUGCUCCGGGCCUCCGGGCAUGUCGACAAGUUUGCAGACUACAUGGUUAAGGAUGUGGUGACGGGCGAGUGCUACCGUCUCGACCAUCUCAUCAAACUCCACCUGGAGAAGAAGAUCUCCAGCAAGAACUUCCCUGAGGGGGAGAAGGCGGCGAUCUCCAGCCUGCUGGCCCGCCUUGAUGGUCUGGAUGUGGUGAGAAGGAGAUUAUCUCCAGCCUGCUGGCCCGCCUUGAUGGCCUGGAUGUGGUGAGAAGGAGAUUAUCUCCAGCCUGCUGGCCCGCCUUGAUGGCCUGAAUGUGGUGAGAAGGAGAUUAUCUCCAGCCUGCUGGCCCGCCUUGAUGGCCUGGAUGUGGUGAGAAGGAGAUUAUCUCCA